UGCCAGGUGCACGAGAGACAUUUUAAGUGACGAGAGAUGAAAUUAAUUGAUCACUGCUCUUCUUACUGGACGUGUGUAGUUUGUCUCAACGUUUUCAAUUCAGAUCUCAAUCACUAGAUAGUUCCGUUUUAUGUAUAGUCUAUGCCGAUGAAAAUGUCAUUUUUAUACCGGUAGAUCUGAGCCUCUGGCUAGUCCUUGAUGAAUUGAUUGAAUUUCCAUUAGGGCCUACCUUACACUACAGCCCAGGUUAAUACACAAUCACAAUGGACAGCAAUAUUCGACAACUUCUUGCCGCUGCCCAGCAGUAUGGAGUUGAGUCUGAGGGUUCGUUCUUGCAUCAAGCCUAUGAUCAGCUUCGGGUUGCAGCAGAGACUAAACCAACGUCAGACGGACCAUUGCCGUUCGGCCAGGAUCUCUAUGUACUGUGUGCUGAGAUCGCUUUCCAGUAUGGUCUGGAUGAAAUCACCAAGGAAUGUCUGAAGAUGUUCUUCAUGAAGGCCUCUCCUUCCAACCAGUUCUUGUGCAGAGCCUACUUGUGCCAGGCCCAACUGUUGGCACCAACUUCAGCUGAGCAUAAUACCCAGUUGGAAAAAGCUGUUGUGUAUCUUCUUAAGGCAAUUAACUUUGCAAAAGAAAACCAAAGGUAUCACUUCUUGGUAUACAAUGCCUCCGUCCUCUUCUGGCAAUUCUGUCGACCGUUCCUCAAGCCCGGCUAUCGCCAGUACCUCUCCAUCAGCCUCCACUCUGUCGUCAAGGCCCUCGACGAUAUCGAUGACAAGGACUACGAGUGGCGGGCGCAAUUGAUGAUUGCGCUGAUCGAGUGUCACGUUGAUGCGGGUAGGAUCAAGGAGGCGGCAGAGGUCAGUAAGGCCACAGCUGAAUUCACCAAAGCGUAUGUGCCGCUACUCUAUAAACAGGUGUUAGGAUUACAGAUUCGUCAUCAGCUUGUUGAUCAUAACAAAUUGAUCAAGGACAUCAGGCAGAACGGUGACUUGACCGUAUACUACAAACUCGUCAAACUCAGAGUAUCACUUGAGCAGAAAGAAGUGACCGAUUUGGACGUUCAAGGUGACAGAAUCUUGCGACAGAUUCUAAUGGAGGAGGAAGUAUCGCGGUCAUCCAGCUCGCUAAGUGGCCGGAAUAAAACCGCCACACCAAUCAGUGCAGUGUCAGACGACGUUAGGUCCUCACGCGGCAGUCACAAACGGGCACCUGCUGCAGUGACUGCUGCUACUGCUGCUUCACCAACCACACCCGCUGCAGUACCCAACUCAAUGCAAUAUGAUGCUCUUUCCUCUAGCGCCCAAUCUUUUUCUACUGUGGCCCCUCUUCUUUUGGAGUUGGCUAAUCUGUGUGUGGAAUAUGAUAUGCCUGAGCUUGUCACACGGUGCCUUGAGGGCCUGAAAAACUCCCAUAUCAAGGAGAAGGGAACGUUUAUCCAGAUGGAGUUUAUCGAGUGCUCUCUGAUGGUUCUCAACCUGAGGGAGAGGCAGGAGUCCUACAGUAAAUCUUCCGUCGAGGUUCGCAUCAAAGCCAUCAGCCGUCUUAGCGAAGCGAUCAUGAACGCUAUCCGCUACGGAGACCCUAACAUCAUCCAGGCUGGUUGUGUGGCGCAGUGGAAUCUAUGUCUACCACUUCUCCAGACCAACCUAAGGGAGCAUGCUCGGAAACCACUUACACUAGUGGCUGAAGCUCUGGAAAACAUCCAGAGUUUGCUGGUGUUGCUUCGUUGUCAAAUCCACACUGAACUGGCUAAGAUUGAGGAGGACGAGGAGCAGAUACAAGUGGCCAUGGAGCAUCUCAAGAAGGCUUUGGGGUUGGAUGAUGGCGGUCAGUACCAUGAACGUCUUGAGACAGCCCUGCACCGACUACAGCUGAGAGCUGAGCUCUACAAACCACCAGAUAGCAUGGAAGACCAGGCAGCUAUGAUCAUUGAACAGGCCAGGAAGAGUGCCGAUUCUGGUACUGUCCGAAUGAAGAGAUCUCUGCUGGUUAAGGCGGGUCAAGCCCUGUCACCUGAUGCUUUCCUCCUAGUGCUGGAGAGUGAAAAUGAGCUCAAAGCAAGUGGUGGAGGCAAGGGAUACAUGACCAUUAUUAAUCAGCUGGGGAAUAAGGCAAAACACUUCCAGAAGUGUGUGAAGAAGUGCAGUGGACACAUCAAGAGACUUGGCAGUGAAAAUGAACGAGAUAGGGCACGAUUGUGGGCCGAUCUUGCUAAGGUUGCCCGUAAGCAAGAGGUGUGGGACGUGUGCCGUGUGGCAGCACGUUUCUGUCUCUUGUACGAUGAUGACCGAUGGAAUAUGGUACGACCAUCCACUGUACGCUCAGAUACUCAUAUUGAGAGUGUUCCCGGAGUACCCGAGCUAGCAGACACGCCUACAAAGAGUAGAAAGGCUGCGUCUGAGGCACCGACUCAAGAGAAUCACACAGUGACACACUCUGACAAGGAUCUGAUACGAACACUGGCAGAAAUCCACUUCUUGAAUGCCGAGACAUUGGUGCACCUGUUGAGAUCAGAGGGAGUAAGUCUGAACAAUGAACCCAUUCCUCCAAAGGACAAGAGCAAGCAUCCUAAGGGCUACGUACCUACUAAGCCUGAAGAUGAUCCUGAUUGGAUUGUGUACAGGGACUGGAUUAAAGACCUCUCUGCCUCCAUUACCAAAGGCUUUUUGAGAGCCUCUGAACUCGGAGUCCAGUUGACUGAGCCAUGGAUUGUGUGCAGUGCCACCACGUACCUGUGGAACUACAACAACCACUUGCUGUCAGCUGGUCGACAUCGAGAGUUGAUUGAGUGCUUUGGUUCAUUACUCCAGGAUCUUAAACAAGUCGGCCAUGCUGGGGAAACCGUUAUGCUGGUCAACCUGUGCACUGCCCUUGCCUUCGGCCUAGUCCAACCAUGGAUACCCAAAUCCACGACUCGAGAUGUUGUACCCCCAUCGUCCCCCUCCCCUAAGGGCCGUGGGGACAAGGAGUCCCCCAGGAAGGCUAAGUCAGUUGCUAGUCACACCAGCGCCAAGACCAGGAGCCUGACAGUUGACCCUGAUGGCAUGGAGGACAUUAAGAAAGCAAUGGAGGUGUGUGAUUAUGGGAUGGAGGUGACCAAUGGUACCAAGCCGUUGGACAUUGUACCCAUCUCAGUCAGGCAUCCUCUUAUUAUCAACUGGGCACUGGUCAAGCAACUCAUCGGUCAACAGAUUUCAAAGUCUCUUGGAACGGAAGAUGAGAACAACACUGAAGGUCAGCGACCUUUGACCCGCUGUCUGGUUGCCUUGGAGAUGAGGGCGCUGAAUGGCAAGGGCUUGACAGACUUCAAGGAGACCCCUCCACUGGUGGAGAUCUGCAACAUGGUUGAGGAGUGCGAGUGGGGAGACAGUCUUGUGGAGUUGCAGGUGUGGACUCGGCUCUCCGAGCUCGCUCUGGCAUCUAGAGAUCAUCAACUGGUACUUAGAGCCACCUCCAAAGCAUUGGCAUUCAAUAAUAACAACAAAGUCAGAAGCAAGAAGAUGGACGACCAUAAGAUGAUAGUAUGGCAUGAGAUGCUGAGUUAUUCUAGUCGUCUGCUGGGUCAGACAUUGAUGUUCAACAUGGAAGGGAAGAAUGCAAUCCGACGCUCGGCACUGGAUGCUUUUGUCAAUGCCGCAAGGUUUGGACGUAAAGCCAAGAAUUUUGGCCUGGUCAUCACAGCGGCCAGACAAUACUGGAAUGCAUGCCUUCCCCUCGUCAAUGAACCAAUGGAGAGACAACUUCUUAAGCAACCUCUUACCAUUAUCCUGGACAGCAUCACGGCCACCACAGAGAAGAUUGUCAAGAAAGAGGAUGGGGCUGUCGCAGUGAAUGGCGGACCCCCAGGUGCCAAUAAAGCAAAGGGUGAAUCCCCCAUCGCUAGUCCAUCCACCUCCUCGAUCGCUGGCAUCUUAUCUGAUCCGGAGGAUGACCUGACUCUAAGGGCUGCCCUGUAUGGGGUCAUGUUCCAGGCUUUUGUGGACCAGGGUGAAUGGGAAGAGGCAUUAGCUGCAAUGGACAAGGCAGUCAGUGAUAUGCCACGCACCAAGCAUAGAUUGUUGAUAUUCAAGCACCGUUUGAUGGUCAAAGCAACACUUGGUAGAGAUAUUAACGUGGAUAUUGCAAAGUUCAAGGAUGAAAGUGAGAACUACCUGUCUGUUAUGUGGCACAAGGUGGCGCUGUGCUCAAGGGACCAACGAGAGCAGCUCUCAGCCUACAAGAAUGCUAUCGAGGCGUUGCAGUCAAGUGCAAGUGAUUGGCAGAAGGUUGAGUACCUCAUGGAGUUCUCGGAGUGGUUGUACGUCAAUGAGUUCCCAACCUUGGAUUGUGUAGAUCAGUUAGAAUGGGCUGCUGAUAUCUUACUCAAUAUGAAGAUUGAGACAAGGUCAAAGGUCACCGAACAAGCAGGAAAAUCCAAGAAGAAGAAGGGGAAGAAAUCCGCCGAGCCUGUCUCGCAGUCUCCAGCUCUUCACUCCCCCACCCCCACAGAGACAAAGACCAUGACAGAAGGGGCGACAGACAGUGAGGGGGAAGACUCCAUGGCGGCCAGGUUCAUCCCUGUCAAGAAGCAGUCGGUCAUUGGGCUGUCGGCCUCCAACCUCAACCUCUCUGCCUCAGAGUUGACGAGCAUCAAGCAGUUGGAACACCUGGUGCGAAUCCACAUCAUGCUGGCCAAGACGGCCGGGCGGGAUUCUCCGAUGCACACUAGCUACUGCAUGCUGGCGUGGGGAUUCCUGAUCCGAAUCUGGCAGGUGUCCCUGAGUUCAGCCGGUCAAGUGGCCAAAGAAAUGGCUAAGGUGUCAAUCUCCAAUGAGCAGCUGGGCAGCCAGAAGAACUCCGCCAAGGCUAAUAAGGGUAAGAAGGAUGCAGGAGGCAAAGGAGGAAGCAAGGAGAUGGAGACACCGAGAGAUAAACCAAAGAGGAAGGGACCGCUAGACGCAGUGCCUCUACAUCCAGAAGAUUGGGCCAUGUAUGAUGUACCGGAUGAGAUGCGAGAAGCGUUCAAGGAAGAUCACACAGGGGAAGGUAUUAAUAGAGACAGUAUUGCCAAACCGACUCUAACCUUGUACUACUUGGACAGUCUGGUGACGGAACUACGAAGCAUCGGUUACAGCCACCUCACCUUCCCUGCUCUAGUCCUAGGUGAAGUCAUUGCAAGAGAUAUCGUGGAGUCCAACGUAGCAGGGAACACAUAUCGACUUUUAUCUGCUGAGAUUUGUCUUGAGUUGAAUCUAACAUCUGGAGUCAAGUUCCACGAGGCGUCAGCUGGUGCUCUGGGAGUCAAUGAAGAGGACCAGGCUAAAUGUCGUGAGGAUACCUCUCGCUACCAGGAGAGGCAGAACCAGGUACGGCGUGAGGCAGGACGGGCAAAGGAGUUACGUCGACUCAUGACAGCUGAGAACAAGGUCAAGAAAAAACAGUCAAGAAACAUCAUUCCUGCUGAUCAGAAGACCGAUAUCAUUGAGUCAGUGAUGGGACUCAGCCAACCGCUAAGCGGCAUGACAUUCAGACAGGCCUGGACACAGCAAGCAGAAAUCCUAAUCAAACAGGGAUAUAACCAAGCGGCCAGGGAGCUGUUGAAUGAGGCUCACCUCUCUACCAAGGCAUUUGACGACAAGUUCACCGAGGCAUCCAUCUUGAAGAACCUCGCUAAGCUCUCCCUACAGGAAGCCAACUGUGGACAGGCCAUCAAUCUACUCAAGGAAGCUCAGCGGUUCGAUGGAGAUGAAUUGUUCUGGCUGGAUACGACCCUUCUGCUCGUUGAAGCAACCCUGGGCAACCCGGAAGACUGGGAAAGAAACAACAAAGCUCGUGCAGUUAUCCUGAAAGCUCUGUCUCUCUUUUCCACAUUCGUGGAUAAGAGACCCAACAAGAAGGGUCUGCUGACAUACAUCAAAUCCACUCUUGAAGCUAAGUUUGCAACAAUUCAAAUCAGUCAAGUUCUUGAGGAGAGUAGUGACACAAUGAAACCAAAAGCACACAGAGAGCUUCAAGAUGCAUGUCAGCGAUUGAAGAAAAGUGCUGAUGAUUUGAUUGGUGCUAACUACACACGGGAAGCGGUUCAGAUUAUGCAACAACAAGCCAGUGUACUCAGGUUGUUUGCAUGCGACAGUGAUGAGAAGGACGUUCAGCAUGAUUUCCUUCUUCAAGCUCAAACCAUCAUGCUAAGAGCUGUUGGCAUGAUGGAUCAUCUACUGCAUGAUGUGUGCUCCCUGUCUGCCGUUCAGGAGUUGCGGAGCAUAAGUCUUCCACUGCAGAGAGAAUCUUGUAAUGUGAAGAUCGCCUUUGCCGAGUUAUUGAUUGAUAUGUUUGUCAUCUACGCUGAAGAGCAUCGGAAGCGUCAGAUCACUGAAGCAAGAAAAGGAUCUGUUGAAAAGUUGGUAGAGAACUUCAUAUCAGCUAAACCUGUCUUGACUGAUACUGAGAAGCAAUGGAGAAUGAUGGCCAGUACAUUUGCCACUGGUGCCCUGUCACUUCUUCAGAGUGCACACAAUUUAGCUGGUUCCAUAACCCACCUCAAGGCAAAGAGUUUGUAUAACAUGGGUAGAUGUCUGCGCAUGUUGGCAAACAGUCAAAGUGCAUCAGCCCCAACACAAUGGGAUAUCCAGUAUAUGAAUCUGACGGCAGGGUCAGGGGUCAGCGGCACGCAUCCUGUCAAACCAGCUGACGAGGGCACCGCAGAUGACGAGAUGAACGAAGGGAAAGAUCUCGAUUUAUCCUCGUCUCAGCAAAUCAAAUAUUCUACGGCAGCUGCUAAAAUUAAGGCCAAGCAGAGUUCAUCCGAGUUGUAUUUGUGCCAAGCCACCGAGGUCUUAGCUCAGUGUGUACAGCUAGCCUUGCAGAAAGGUGACAGGAGUCUAGUGGCUGCAGGCUGUUUAGAGUUAGUGGAGAGCUGUGGCCAGUUUGACAAUGCGAUGACAUCACACUAUCUAGCUCUCUAUCAGAGCUGCAUCAGUUCCAAGUGUCUGGAGGACUUGUUACUGUGCUCACAGCGGGAUCCAUCCACCUCGAAGCAGGCAGCCCUGCUACAGCAGCGCCAGAGGUUGGAGGCUGAUGCCAUGACAACCAAUCGCAGCUUUAGCACUCUGUUCAAGGUUGUGAGUGAGAACCUUCAAGAGACUUCAGAGGGAUGGAAGCGUUUGGCCAUCAGUCCACAACAUUUGGAUCUUAUCAAGGAACUUCCUCCAAACUUUAAUCUCAUCAUCCUGCAACACUCUGAGGAUAAAUCCACACUGUAUGGCUCCAUCCUAGACAGACCUAAAGCUUCCAGUGGGAAGGAGGGUGGCAAGCCCUCUAAAGGAAGUCAGCCUCAAACCUCAAGAGCAAAGGUCACUCGCACAUUGGUUGACCCUAACACCUUAGAGUCGCUUCACAGGAGGUUCCAUCAGCAUAAGCAUGACGUAAUGGCAACGCUGCUGAAGGCGGAGUACCAGCGAUCACAGCAAACGCAGAGACAGAAGAUGCUGGAGAAUAUCUCCGAUGAUAUGAAAGAAGGAAUCAAGGACUGGUCCGGUGACAUCGAGAAAGCUGAACAAAAACUGCAAGAGCAGUUUCUGGAGUUAUUACGCGAGUUGGAGGAAUAUCUUAGGCCUAUAACCUCAUUCCUCGAUCCAGCUAUAAGAGCGUUAGAGAACCCAGGCCCAGUGCCGACGUCCCGUUCGGAUCCUUCCGCUGCAGCGAACCCAGAGGAGUCUGUGGUCAUCCUGGCUGAUAAAUGGCUUCUUGAGAUGCCUCUAGAGGCCUUAGCAAUCUUCUCAUCUCCCGCUGUAACUUCACUGUCUCGGGACUUCUCCUUGCAGAUGAUUUAUAACCGGAUCCACAGAGAACCUGAAGAGGAGAUGACUGAUGAAAAGAGAAAGAAAGAAGCAGCUAAGAUUAAAGCAGCGAAGGAGAAGACAAAGGGGAUCAAGAUGGUGCCUAUUGAUCGCCCUGUCCCAGCAGGUUGUCUACCGAUUGACACACACAGUUUCAAAUAUGUUGUUGAUCCCCAUUUCGAUUGUCCAGAAGAAGAAGCCACUCAUCCAAUCUUUGAGAUGCAAGAAGCUUUGAAGCUUUACAACAAUCAGUUUACAGCUCGUUGGGAAGGAAUACAGGGGAGUGAUCAUGUACCAAGUGUGGGUGAGUGGGAAGAGCAGUUCCGUGAAUGUCAAGCGUUCAUCUCCUACGGCCUGGAGAGAUUCUUCUCUCAUGUUCCACCUCAGAAAAUGGCUCCCACCAAUCUCUCUGAGUGCCUCCUAGUGAUCUUGUUGGACUUGGUUCAGACCAAUCGGAGUUUCAUGCGGCAAUCCAAGAUCGAUACCCAGAAAAGUUUCAAUGAGUUAUCAUUGGAGAAGUCUGUGGAGACAGCGAUGUUGCUGAGUCUGAGUGGAGCUGGUUGUGUGUUGGCUAAUCAGUGGCAUUGUACAUUGCAGCAGAAUGCAAACAAGUUUCAAACACUCAUGAAAGCUCUUCUUGAAACUGGACGAACAACUGGACAGACAGUCCGUCGGAUGUUCAUCCCGACUUGGGGAAUGGAAGGGGAGGAGGUAGAGGGCGGUGAAGGGGAGGCGGACGACCGAAUUGAUGGAAAGACCAGCGUCGCCUCUCAGAAGGCCAGCAGUGGCGAAGGGAAAGGCGACAAAGCCAAGAACCUCAAGGUCAAAGGUGACGAAGGGGGCAAGAGUGCAAAGGGCAAAAGUGAAGAUGGGAAGAGCCCCAAGGUCAGAGGGAAGAAGGACGAGAAGGUGGCAGAGUCGCCGGUCAAAGGUCAAGGGUCAGUGACCCGGCUGACGAGCAAAGAGCGGUUGGGCGGCGGGGAUGACUUGGAAUUGAUCAGUAGGCAUUGGUUUAAUUUUGUGUGUUAUGGGUUGCCCAACCUGUUAGUAACGCAGGUUUAGUGUUGAUAAUUCUAUUGAUAAUUUUUUUGUCAGAUUAUAUUGAUUUGAUAACUGAUUCGAAAUAAUGAUUAUUGGUUGUGUUUGAUAAUAAUUCUAUUUGUAGUUUAAAUUGAGAUUUUUGUGUUGAUAAUUGGCACAGAAAAAUUUGUAAUAUCACUUGAUUUUAAACUCUUAAAAGCCAUUAAAAUGUAUCACCAUGGCCCAAGUUCAUAGAAAAUAUUUGUUUUGCUUAGCAGCUAAAAUGUAAACGGAUACAUCACAAAAUUAACAUGUGACAAGGUACUUUGGCUGGUAAUCUUAUUCUGGUAAGCAUACUUUUGUUGUGCUAAGCUACUUUUGUGGCUAACUCUAGUAAAUGAAUAAAGAAUAAAGCACCAAGUAUAGAUUGCCGACCGAACCACCAUUGCUACGACACUAGCAGCGCCAACAUUUUGUACACAAAUACAUGGGAAAAUGGUUGUCUUUUUUCCUUUUUUAUGCAAAUUAAGUCAAUGUCAUCCUCAACGAUUUAAAAAAUGUCCAUGACAGGACAGCAUGACAUAAUUAAUGAAAAAGGUGAAAAAAGUUAUGUUUUCAAUAUAAGGAGCUUCUUGUAAUGGUUUACAAAGUGCUUUGGCAGCCAACCAUACCAGAAAACACCAGGGCAAACCUUUUCUCUUAAGGAUAAGUGUACUGGGUUCUUUUAAGCGCAUUACACAACAAGCAGGACCUUAAAGAUGAAGCAAUAAUGGUUUUAAAUAAGUGUCUUGCUUUAGAACAAGGGUGUCCAGACCAGAACUCAAACCAACACUCUGCUGAGCAGAAACACCAGAGCUUGAGUCCAGUGCUCUUAUCCACUUGGCCCUGGCCACCCGUUAUUGGUGGAUUUAACAACAACAAAGCCAGUUUUCGUGUUGUGUAUAGACGAUGUGACCUAUGUUUACACUUAAACCACCCUCUGU